AUGAGAUCCAGCUUAUUCCAGGCCCUGAGGCCAGUGCGCCUGGGCUCUCAGAGUCUGCGCUGCGUCAGCAUUGCCUCCCCACAGAGCUCAUAUGGUCUCGCCGCGACCUCAAUAGCCACCAUCUCCACCUCCCAGACGACAAGACGACCUCCUCCUCCAACCCAGACUCCAGCUGCCCGCGCGGCCGCCUCCUCGACGCCCGCCCGCACAAGCCAGAGAAAACCCCAGCCUGCAGCGACCCCGACCGCCAAAGUCUCUGAGCACGUUGCCUCCUCGCCUUUCCUCGACCCGAUCUCGGGCCCGGACUCUGCCCUAGGCGGCAGCAGUGGGAACGGCAACGGCAACGGCACCGGCGAGGCCAUUGACUGGUCGCGCUCGUUCCACGGCCUGUCGACGGAGUCGUUCCCCCCCGACGUGGCCGCCGUGCUCAUGAAGCCGAUCGAGUUCGACGACGUCGAGAUCAAGCCCGACGGCAUCAUCUACCUGCCCGAGAUCAAGUACCGGCGCAUCCUGAACAAUGCCUUUGGGCCCGGCGGCUGGGGCAUGGCCCCGCGGGGCGAGCUGUUUGUGGGCGACAGGGUGGUGACGAGGGAGUAUGCGCUCGUCGUGCACGGGAGGUUCGUCGCCCAGGCGCGCGGCGAGAUGCAGUACUUCAGCGAGGACACGAUCGCGACGGCCGGCGAGGGCUGCAAGUCGAACGCGCUGAUGCGCUGCUCCAAGGACCUGGGCAUCGCGUCGGAGCUGUGGGACCCGCGCUACAUCCGCGAGUUCAAGAAGAAGCACGCCCGCGAGAUCUGGGUCGAGCACGUCGUCAACAAGAAGAAGCGCCAGAUCUGGGUGCGCAAGGACGAGGAGCCCGCGUAUCCGUACAAGAAGAGCUAG